AUGGGGAACUGCUGCUGGACGCAGUGCUUUGGGCUGCUCCGCCGGGAAGCGGGUUGGCUGCAAAGAGCCGGCGGAAGAUCAAAGUAUUUUAGAACAUGGCCAAGAGGAGAGCACUUGACCAUAGAGUUUGAGAAUCUCGUAGAGAGUGAUGAAGGGGAGAGCCCAGGAAGCAGCCAUAGGCCACUCACUGAGGAAGAAAUUGUUGACUUACAAGAGAGGCAUUAUGAUUCUAUUGCUGAGAAACAAAAAGACGUGGAUAGGAAAAUCCAGAGGGAGUUAGCCUUACAAGAGGAGAAGUUAAGACUAGAAGAAGAAGCUUUAUACGCUGCCCAGCGUGAAGCAGCCAGGGCAGCAAGGCUCCUGGAGCAAGAAAAGCAGAGAGUUACACAGCGCUAUCAUCCUAGCAGUGGAGACUAUCAAAGUGCAGGACCAGAAGAUGACUUUGAAUCUUGUUUGAGAAAUAUAAAGUCGCAGUACGAAGUUUUUCGAAGUAGCAGACUCUCAUCUGAUGCCACAGUAUUGACACCAAAUACCGAAAGCAGCUGUGACUUAAUGACCAAAACCAAAUCAACUAGUGGGAAUGAUGGCAGCACCUCCUUAGACCUGGAGUGGGAAGAUGAAGAAGGAAUGAAUAGAAUGCUACCCAUGAGAGAGCGCUCAAAGACAGAAGAAGACAUCCUUCGGGCAGCACUGAAGUACAGCAGCAAGAAGGGUAGCAACCCCACAUCCACCUCUGAUGAUUCCAAUGGGCUGGAGUGGGAGAAUGACUUCGUUAGUGCCUAGAUGGAUGAUAAUGGCAAUUCUGAGUACUCUGGGUUUGUGAAUCCUGUAUUAGAACUGUCAGAUUCUGCCACCAAGCUGUCUGAUAUGGAUCAAGAGAUCCGAUAGGAUGAAAUUGUGUGACCUUACUUACCAAACGUUAAAAGUCAACCAGAAUGUACAGAUGGGUGCUGAGCCUUUUUGGGAGGCAGCACAGGAACCACAUGAGCAGGAAUGGAGAGGCAGCUGAAUGCUUCGGUCAAGUACAGUCUCAACAUCUGCCUUCUGUGUGCCCCGACUGACUCGGUGAUCUGACAUAUCAAACACUCAUGACUUUCUUGUUCUCCCUGGUCAAGUCCUGCAUCUUAAAUCAUACUUGUUCUACUUCGACUGCUUU